GUAGCAGUGGAUGGGGUGGAGCCGCUGGGUGGGGUCUGGGACCGGCAGCUGGGAGAAACCAAAAGGAAGAAAAAAGAAAACCAUUGCCCCUGAUAUCGCUAAUGCCUGGCGGAGAAAGCUAGCCAGAAGGGGAGGAAAAGGGGGGGUUUUAGAUCUCACCUCCACUCCUAUCCACGGUCAACUCUCUCAAACCCUUCUGUCUCCUUUGGAGAUAAUUAAAAUCGAGUAUACACCGGCCCUCGUCGGUGCCCAUUCCCUCUAACUCUCCACUGAAGUAGGUUUGUUGUACGAGGGAGUGAGGACCCCCGAGUCCGUCAGCUCAACCCCAGCCCCGCCCCGUCCGUUGGCCCUGGCCCCAGGCUGGGUGGAGAGGAUGCCUUCGGAGGCGCAGAAUGCGAAAGCUACUGCCGCUCAGAAGGGAGUGGUCUGCCUGAGCAAGACGUCUACUGCCGUCAGUCAGUCCGGGAGAAGUCUCAGUGAAGUCUCGGCUCGGAGAUCCUGGUGUCUACUUUCUCCGCUCUCUCCGUAAAGCUUCCAUCCCCAGUCUCUCCUCCGGCAUCAGCAGCCCUUCUGCCCCGUCUUUGCCAAAGCCCAGGAUAUGGAUCAACUCAUGAACAACUUGGAGGCCCAACUUAAUUCAGAAGGUGGCUCCAUGCAUGUAUUCAAACAGGUCGCUGGCUCUGUUCAGAUCAGAGAUCCCCCAAAGACAGCAGACAGAGGUAACAUGACAUCUCUACCAAUUCUGGCUGCCAACCCUAUGGAGAACCCAGCACUGUUUAGUGACAUCAAGAUUGAGCCCCCAGAAGAACUUCUGGCUAAUGAUUUCAACAUGCCCCAGGUGGAACCAGUAGACCUCUCCUUUCACAAGCCCAAGGCUCCUCUCCAGCCUGCCAGCAUGCUGCAAGCUCCAGUACGUCCUCCCAAGCCACAGCCUGCUCCUCAGACUCCUGUAGUGUCCACUUCGACAUCUGACACAGGCACUUUAGCAAACAUCCCUACCGUUCUGACCCCAGGCUCCAUUCUGGCCUCCUCUCAGGGCGCCUGUGGCCAGCAGAUUUUGCAUGUGAUUCACACCAUCCCCUCAGUCAGUCUGCCAAAUAAAAUGGGUGGCCUGAAAACCAUCCCAGUAGUGGUGCAGUCGCUGCCUAUGGUGUAUACUACUUUGCCUGCAGAUGGGAGCCCUGCAGCCAUUACAGUGCCACUCAUUGGAGGAGAUGGCAAAAAUGCUGGAUCAGUGAAAGUUGACCCCACUUCCAUGUCUCCACUGGAAAUCCCAAGUGAUAGUGAAGAAAGUGCAAAUGAGAGUGGAUCCUUGGCCUUACAGGGACUACAGCAAGAAUCAGCAGCAAUGACUCAGAUGCAGGGAGAAGAGUCCCUUGACUUGAAGAGAAGACGGAUCCACCAAUGUGACUUUGCAGGAUGCAGCAAAGUAUAUACCAAAAGCUCUCACCUGAAAGCCCACCGCAGAAUCCAUACAGGAGAGAAGCCUUAUAAGUGCACCUGGGAUGGCUGCUCCUGGAAAUUUGCUCGCUCGGAUGAGCUUACCCGCCAUUUCCGCAAGCACACAGGCAUCAAGCCCUUCCGGUGCACAGACUGCAACCGUAGCUUCUCUCGCUCUGACCACCUGUCCCUGCAUCGCCGGCGCCAUGACACCAUGUGAGCUCCACAGUCCACACUUAGAAGAGCUAUUCUAGUCUCAUUCCUGUGUGUGUACUGAGGUUAUAACCAUCUUUUCCACUUUGACUUCAGCAUGCCUCUGGGAUGGGGUUGGAGCAGCUCACUGAGCCAGGUUGAUGAGACUGCUUUUCCAUGGGGGCUCCUCAUAUUCCAUCUUCACCUCUCCACCAUCCACUCCCCAGUUUUAUCAACCACCUCAUAGGUUGAAUAAAAGUACGGCACCCAUGGUUGGAGAUGGGACAUUUUUUCCUACAAUAACAAAAUGGGAAUCCAACUCAAGGCUGUGAAAAAUACAUAUGCUGCUUUUUUUCCCCCUGUUUUUUCCUCUUCUUUUUCUGAGAAUUCUUAUCCAUAGUAUUUUUUUUUUUGAAUCCGUACUUAAGAGUGGUUGGUAACUUUUAAAAUAAAAUUUUUUAAAGACAGAAGAGAGCAUAGCAGUAUACUUCAUUGGUAGAAUGGAUUUGGUUCCUGAGCAUAGGACACAUUCUCAGUGAAUAAACUGAGUCCCAUACAAAACUGAAAGGCUUUGUAAAUCCAAUUCUGUUUGUUCUUACAGUUUGGUUUUCAGACAGUGCAGGUGCUUUUGCUUCCUAAGUCCAUCAAAGGAAAUGAAGGGAUUUUUUUGUCUGUCUCCUUCUCCUUCUCCCUUCUCUUUAAGAUUAAAGAUUUUACAGCACAAUCACAUUGUUAGGUUAAAUAUGUGUUAGGACAAAUAUUCAAAGCACACAUCAACAUGCCAGUAAGGUGAAAGGUGUUUCAGGAGAGUGUGUUGGAUCAUGAUAGAAAGAAGCAGAACUAAGAUAAUCCAGAAAACAAAUAGAGGAAGACUUUCAUUUGGAUAUGAUACUAAAAGUGCUGUGAUCACAAACCUCAUUUGAAGGGCAGCCUGUUGAGACAGUGUCUUAAGGGGCUGUACUGUACUGUUUAUUCUUUUGUUUACAUAAAGCAACUAUUAUAACGCAUGAUGAGAAAUCAUACACUGGGGCCAUGUUAUAGAAAGCUAAGGGAUUGUAGAAAAUAUUUGUUCAUUCCAUGGCAUUAUUAGCAUGCAUUCCUCUGUUUCAAUUGGAAUAUAAGAGGCUUUUAGUGAAAAGUGAAAUACAAAAAGUAACUCAAUGUUCUGCAACUGCUAUGAACACCUAAGCCAUUUCUUUUAGCCAUACAGCAUGUUGCAUAAUAUACACAUUUGGUUACCAAAUCUUACUAUUUCAUAAUAGUCUCUGAGACAUAAAAUCUUGUGUUCUAAGCUCUAGACUUCAGAUCUACCUCCACAUGGCAUAUUUCCUCUCUCUGGGGGCAAUGGGAGUUUGCAUCACUUAACUUUGGACUUAGCUUCUCUCCUAAACGUUGUCUUCAUAUGGACCCCCUUUUUCCUUGGCAGAUAUUCAACCAGUCCCUGCUUAAAUACUUUAGGUUACUACCUCCCAAGGUUUAUCCAUUCUGAAUAAAUAAUAGAAUUCUAGCACCAAUAAGGGAUACUAUUAACCAUCUAGUCUUACCCAUCAUACAUAUUUUACAGAUGAGACAAAUACGGGUCAUAUUCUUUGUCCAGAUUUUUCCUUGAAGCCUUAUAAACCUGUACACCCUUUCUUCCAGGGAUCACAUUAUUAAACCAAAUUAGAGAAAACUUUACAUAAUUGGUUGCAGUAUUUGUCCAAUUUUAUGUUAUGCUUCAGAAAACUUUAGACCACUCACAAAAUAAUUUACAGUUGAUUAAAUAGUAAGUAAAGUGUGCCUGUGGUCAUUGACGUACAACAUUAGGCACACAAUUUUUCUCUUCUAACACUUUCUAUAAUAUCUCAAAAUUGAUUUACCUCACUUAAACCUACCAUGUCCAGCUCAUAAACCUUUAUAAAUUUAAGGCCUGCCUGUAUUUUUCAAAGCGACGUGUGGAUUUUUAUUAUUCUCAUUGUUAUUUUGAUAUAGAUUUUCCUUUGACUUUUGACUUUUGGUAUGUAAGUUUCACACUGUAGAAUGAAAGGGAACUUUUAUGUAGCUCUAAGACACAUUGUUAAAGGUAAAUUACCAUCAUAUGUAUUGUCUUAAGUUUAUAAUUGAGUAGUUGAUAUGGUAUUUCACAGUAGAGUCCAAAGACUUACGCAUUUUCUCCAGAGUUUGUAUCCUGAGACAACCUUUUCCAGAGUUCAUAACUGUCUUGUGCCCCCCAGACAUCAGGAUUUUUUGCAUUGGAGCAUAUAAUUUAUUAAUACAUAAAGGAUAUUAAGCAUACUAUUAUACUAACUAGAAUGAUCAAAUUAAAGUUCCAAAUAUUGACAUCCUUGACGCCUCUAAGCUUUUAUUCAAUUUUUUUUUCUGCUAAGUAAUGAGGGACUUUUUUACUGCUUUAUUAAUUGUCUAUAGUCAGGCAACAGUUUUAAUCCUAUUCUCAUUGUCCUCUCCCUUCCAAAUAACAAUAAAAUUAUUCUAAUCAUUAUACAUUUUUAAGUAAUGUGUUAAAAUUUAUUAAGAAUAUUUCAUACCAUACAGUGAUUCAAAUACAGUACACUACAGUAGUGCACCAAAAGCAUAUAGAAUUUUGUUAGACAGUAAGACGAAAAGGAACCAUAUCUCUUAAGUGGCAUUUAGGGUUCAUUGAACAUGCUGUGCUCACAUCAGCAAAGCACCAUUGUGUGGAUAGUUGCCUAAGGUAUGGAAAAUGGCCUUAUUUGAUGUGGUUGGAUAAUAACCUGGGAUUUGUUGCAGUGGAGUUCCUCCAUCUGUAGAUACUUGUCAGCUGAACAUUAUUAUUGAUAAUUAUGAUUGGAAAAUUCAGGAAAAGCUGAAGAAUAUGAAUUGGCUGGGUAGAUUAGGGGGAAUGAAUUGUGGGUAAGAUAGAAAGGUUGGUGAGGGUAACUUCUUUUUAAAUAAAAUGUUUAUUUUGGAACAGUUGUAGAUAUAUGGAAAAAUUGUGAAGAUUUUACAGUUUCCCUAUACCCAACAUCCAGGUUUUUUCUAGUAUUCACAUCUUUCAUUAAUAUGGUGCACUUGCUAUAAUUAAUGAAGUGAUAUUGAUACAUUAUUAACUCAAGUCCAAAUAUUCAAAUUUCCUUAAUUUUAACCUAAUAUCUUUUUUGGGGGGUCAUUCUACCAUCCCAUUCAAGAUACUGUGUCACAUUUACUGGUCCUAUCUCCUUACACUUCUCUUAAUUGUCAUGGUUUCUCAGAUUUUCCUUUUUUCCUAUAACUUUUAUGGUUUCGAGGAGUAUGUCCCUCAACUGAGAUUUGUCUGAUUGCUUUCCUCAUGAUUCAACUGAGGUUAUGGGUUUGGGGGAGGAAGAGCGUAGAGGUAAACUGCUAUUUUCAUGACAUCAUAUUAAUAUGACUUAUACCCUUGAUGUUAACCUUGAUUACCUGGCUGAGAUAGUGUUUUGUCAGCUUUCUCCUCUGUACUCUCUACUCCACAUCCCAUACUGUACUCUUUGGAAAGAAGUCACUAUGUGCAGCCCACACUAAAGGAGUGCUGAGUUGUGCACCAUAUUCUUGAGUGUGUCUACAAAAAAAUUAUUUGGAAUUCUUCAUGGGAGAUUUGACUCUUCUCCCUCAUAUAUUUAUUUAUGCAAUCAUUUACUUGUAUCAGUAUGGACUCACAUUUACUUUGUACUUUGCUUUAUAAUCCAAUAAAAUUUUAUGUUGUAUGCUCAAAUUGUUCUAGCUUUGGCCAUUGGGUGCUUUUUUGGGGUUGACUCCUGAGUAAUUUUGACAGACCCUCGUCAUUUUUUUAGCUUAUACUUAUUUGCUGGCACUACAAGAUGCUCCAGGCUCAUCUUGUAUAUAUUUUUGACCCUCUCCUAUGCUCAGCCAUUUCUUUAAGGAGUCUUAGUUCCUUUUAAUGGAAGAUUGUAUUAGAAACCAAGAUCUGGGUAUUAGUUAUGCUUGUUGCUCCUGGGCCAUGUUGCUUCUAAGCCAUCUUAGCUAACAGAGCAACAAACUAUAUGUGAAUACACUAACCCCUGUAUAAAUACACAUAUCUACAAAUAUUUCUAUAUGUAAUUUUUCAUAUCUUUAUUAAGACAAAUGUGAGUUCAUACUGAUGUGUCCAAUGGCAAUCCAUUACCAAAUGAAUCAUCUAGCCUUUUCCCUUUGCUUAUGUGUAAUCUUCCACUCAAGCAGUGAGAAACAUGGCACCUACAUUCUGACAUGUAUUUCCUUAAUUGUGUAAUUAUAAUAUAAAUGUAUAGCACUGUUUGAAUUUGUAAUCUAUGCACUGUGGAUACAACUAGAACACAGUGCUUAUGUGUAUGGUAGUAACAUUUAAAAACUCCCAACACCUCUUUGAAACAGUGAUUUGGAAAAUUUAGAAAUUAGGGAAUUCCUUGCCCCAGGAAGUUGUGGGUCUAUCCUGCCUGCAAAAAGUUUCCUCAAGAAACAAACCAUUGGGAAUUGACCUAACCUUGAAUAAGCCUAGGGAGUUUAUUGAUCCCCCACAUAGUGUGCUAAUAGUUACAUAGAGAGAUGGACACAGAAGAAAUUAAGUGUGUCCAGUUUAGAGAAAAAUGUAGCAUUAUCCUUUCUCACUGGCAAAUACAGCUCUCUGACAAUAAGGGUGCUACCCUAAGUUACCUCUCUUCCAUAUUUUUCCAUCUUUCAUAUGGUUGACCUUAGGCAAGUCACAUCACCUCUCUGUGCCUCAGUUAACCCAUCUGUAAAAGAGGGAUCUAAAUAUCUACCUCACAGGAAGGUUGUGAGGAUUCUUAUUAAUGGAUGUUGGCAAAAAUGAUGGGAGAUCCUUAAAUGAAUAAAAAGUAUUAUGAUCAUCACUAUGAUGAUAAUUAUAGUACCCUAUAUAUUUACUCUAGAAAAAGGGAGGAUUCUGGGUGAUAUAGAGCUAAAUUUGAGUCAGUAAUAAGGGUAAUUGAAGAGUGGUUACUGGAAGCAAUAUUAUUUUCUCUCCUACUUUUACUUUUCCUACAUUCUCCUUUUUACUAACUGUAGGAUUCUCAUCUGUUUCCCUGACUUGAAGCAUAUUAAGGCCUAAAGAGAUAAGUAGGCAAAAAUCCAUUGCUUCAAAAGCUAUAUUCUUCUCAUUUCCUCACUCUGCCUGGACCACAUUACAUGUCACCCUGUCAGAAGCACAAAGGCAAUUUCAGAGCCCUUCAGAUAUUGGCUACUUCAACUUCACCAGUUACAUUUUCUCUUUCCUCACUUUACUGUACUCUGAGCAGUAUGGAUAGGAGGGA